UAUACACAAACAACACAGAGUAAAAAUACACACAACCCUUCACGGAGUUUGUCAGUAAAACAAAAAUAUAGACAGACGUGGUGUACAUUAAUGUUCAGUAUUUAAAAUGAAAGAAAAUAAAGAUGGUCCUAGGUGCUGAAUAUGCCGUUGCACACUCCCAGCUAGACGUGGCGCUGCAGUUCAUACGGAUUUAACAUUGGGCCGAAGAAGAGAGAAGACCAGUAUGUAUUUUGUCCUGUUUCUUUCCUUAUAGGCAAGCUAUCAUUUCUCUGCACAAGUCUUAUGCAAAUUUCUCAGCUGUUACCACGAAAUAUCAAUUUAUAUCGACGUGAUGUGGUACUUGCAUUGUUUUUUUGUGCGCUUGAGGGCUUUAUUUCAGUAUUGGUGUUGCAAUAAUCGCCUGUCAGAAAAAAAUAAGGGCUGUGAAUAUUUUGUUUCCUUGGAGACGUAAAUUGUGAUGCUAAGCUAAUAGGUACUAGCGCCUUUCAGUCUUAUUUGUCAAAUGGCGGAGCUUCACAUUAUCGGCCAGCUCGUCGGGGCCACCGGUUUCCCCCACAACAGCCUCUUUUGCAAGUGGGGACUCCACACCGGAGGAGCGUGGCGUCUCCUCUCGGGCUCCAAGCAGGGCCAGACUCAGGUGGACAACCCCCAGACUGGAGACACGGCGUACUGGAGCCACCCCAUCGAUGUCCAUUACGCCACCAAGGGGCUCCAAGGCUGGCCCAAGCUUCAUCUCCAGGUGUGGCACCAGGACUCGUUCGGCCGCUGCCAGCUGCUCGGCUACGGCUAUUGUCACGUCCCCUCCAGCCCCGGGCACCACCGAAUCAGCUGUGCCACCUGGAGGCCGCUCGGCUCGUGGCGUGAGCAGCUGUCGCAAAUGUUCGUCGGCGGUGGGCCGCAACUCCGCAGCCCGGACAUCAUCUACAGCGGGGCGGAUCGAUACAGGCUGCACACCGAGGCCAUGGGGACCGUGCAGUUGGAACUUGCCGUCAUUUUGAGAAACUUUGACAAAUAUGGAGUGGAUAGUUAGCAAGAAAAGGAGCUUGGACUAAAUUGAUCGGGGGAUGCACGCUUCUACAUUUUUGUACUUCGACUCAAAAGUUUGUUACUUAUUUUGUGAUUAAAUUAAAAUACACGAAGUUGGCUGCUACUUCUUUGGGCCUUCCCAUAUACUUUUCAAUAAAAUAGAAAGGAAAUAUAUGCACGUUUUCACAAGCAAUCGCUCCCAAGGGCUAAAAUACAGGUUGGAUCAAAAUGAGGUCUCGUAUACAGUACACUUUUUCCACAACUGUAUGUAAUUAAAGGAAGGAAAUAAAAAUGCAUGAAUGGUU